GGGGGGGAUAGUGAACAACAAAAUGCAUGGGGAUCAGAAUAGGAAAAGGGAGGUUACUAUUAGCUUAGGUGAAGACAAUGAUACUGAUGGUCUGGCUUUAGUUGGUGAUGAGGGUGACAAUGAAGAUGAUGGCUACAGUCCUAGUAGAGGGGUUUCCGAUGAAGACAUGAGUGAUGGGUCAGAAAAUGUGAGUUUAGAUGCUGAAGAUGACUUGGCUAGGGAUGAGUAUGGGCCAAUUAUUGAAGACAGUUAUGAUCCCUUUGAGGAUGAAAUUUUUGAGUGUGACAAUGAACAGGACAACUACUUAACAAAGUUAUAUAACAAUGGAGAGGUGUAUAAGGAUGAGGGCUUUGGGAAAAUAGUUCUCAAGCCAUGGCAGCUGUUCAUGGACAAGCAACAUCUCAGGGAUGUUGUGAGGGAUUACUGCAUCCAGUGUGGAUUUGCAGUAGUUGUUGAGUGGGCUAGCAACAAGAGGUAUUGUUGUAGAUGCUUUGAUGUGAACUGUGGCUGGAGAUUACAUGCAUCUGUUCUUCCAGAUCAGUGCACUUGGGCAAUUAAAAGUAUACAAAGCCCAAAGCAUACAUGUGCAGGACUGGAGACAAGAAAUAGUAUGGUUAAUGUGAAGUGGGCUAAGAGAGUCUUACUUGAAGAUAUAAGGGCAAACAAUGAUGUUCCUGCCAAGGCAUUGAAUGUGUUACUUUGGAAAAGGUAUGGUGUCAAUAUGGCACAAAGCACAUUGUACAGAGUCAGGACUAAGGCAUUAGUUGAGAUUCAUGGUGGCCAUGAUGCCUCUUACAAGGAUUUACCUAUGUACUAUGAUGUAAUCAAGCAGCUGAAUCCUAAUUCAUUAGCACACUGUGCAUGGAAGAUUGUAGGACCUGACAGGCCCAUGGUGUUCAGUAGCAUAUUCAUUGCAUUUAAGGCUUCCAUAGAUGGGUUGAGUGCUGGAUGCAAAAGCUUAAUUGGAGUGGAUGGAGCUCAUCUCAAGGGCAACUAUGGUGGGGUCUUAUUGUCUGCAGUAGCUCUUGAUGGAAAUAAUGAGAUAUUUCCUAUAGCAUGGGCAAUAGUAGGAGCUGAAGAUGCUGACAGCUAGAAGUUCUUUCUGUAUCACUUGAAGAAUGCUUUACAACCAAGUGGCAGGGGUGAUAAUUGGUGCAUUAUAAGUGACUGGCAAAAGGGUAUUGAUCCUGCCAUUAGUGAAUUAUGGCCAAAAGUAGGCAGAAGAUACUGUUGCAAGCACUUGGUGAAGAACUACAAAGUGGAAUUUCCUGGUCUAUUGAUGUUCCAAUUAUUCUCGAAGGCUGCUGGAGCAUUCAAUCCCUUCACUUUUAAAAAAGCAACGGAAGCAUUGAAGAAAGCCAAUCCCCUAGCUCUUGUUUGGCUGUCAAAACUUGGACCACAAUCAAGAUGGUCAAAGCAUGCUUUCAAUCCAGAUGUGAAGUGUGAUACAAACAAAUCAAACUUUGUAGAAAGCUUUAAUUCUACCUUAGGCAUUGAUAGAUGCAGACCAGUCCUUACUCUGCUUGAAGGUAUUAGGAGAGUCACCAUGGUUAGAAUGGCCACCAGAAGAGAGGCAUGUGAGAACUGGAGAGAUGAUGUGUGUCCUAAUAUCAUGAAAAGGAUGCAAGUUAUUAGCCAAGAAUCUAGGACAUGCAAAAGUUUGAAGUCUGGAGAUGGAGAAUUUGAAAUACUUGAUGGAAAAUCUGUUCUUCCACUCAACCUAAGAGAGAAGACAUGUGUAUGUAAUGCUUGGCAACUUACUGGAUUGCCUUGAAAACAUGCUAUGAGGGCCAUUUUGCACUCAAAUGAAGACCCUAGGUUGUACAUCAGUGAGUGGUUUUCAGUGACAAGGUAUAAACUGGCUUAUGGCAACUCAAUCAAGUCCAUACCAGCGCAAUGGCCUAACAGUCCUUACCCAGAGAUUGCCCCACCAGUUAUGAAAAGAGGAAUAGGCAGACCUGCAAGGAAUAGGAGGAGGGAAGAGGGUGAGCAAGCCAAAGGGAAGAGGUCCAGGACUUUCAAGUGCAGCAAAUGCCAACAAUUUGGGCAUAAUGCACAAACCUGCCAAGGUGGCUUGACUGGUAAACAAAAGAUGGCCCUAGGUGAAAGCUCUGCAGGUCAGACCAACAAAAAGCCACCAAGCAAGAAGGGUAAAGGGGCAUCUAUGAGCCAACCAGAACCAGCAACAGUGGCAUCACAGACACUAAGAGUGUCACCAAGGAACAACAGAGCUAAGGGACCUAUCUCAGCAUCACAACCACUAAGAGUCUCACCAAGGUCAAAGAGAUCUAAGGGAGGGAUCUCAGCAUCACAGCCUGCAUCAUAGUGUCUUAGGAGUAGUUGUUCAGAAUAGUGCAUGAUUUUUUGCUUCUUAGUUGACUGUAUGUGUCAAACUUCAAUAGUAUGUGUUUAAAUUGUGAAAUGCUGUUUUUUUUGGACAAAUCAUUGAGCUUAUGGGUUGAUGUAAUGUUUUUCUUUUGGCAAAACAAUGAAAUAUCAGCAUUAUAAUUAAGUAAAAAAAUUGCAAACACUUAUAUGAUCUGCCAAACAAAAGAAGUACCAAUUUUAUUCAUUCAUAAGUCAUUAAACAAACUAAAGUACAUUAGUUUUCACUCAUUAAACUAAGGCAUCUCCAACAUCUACAUUGCAAUUCAUAAUCAAUCUAAUCAAUCUAAUUCAUCACUUAGAAACAACAAACAACAAAAUAAAAUACAUAAUCAAAGCCAUCUUCACAAUUACUUUGAUGAAAUUCACCAAAUCAUCCAGCCUUGAAGUAACAGCAGCAAUACCACCUUGUUCAACUUCCAAUUCAUCACCAACCCUUAUUAUAUCCUCCUCCUUCAACCAAGCAAAAAAAUCGCAUUGUCUGCACUUGAAAAAUAGUCUUCUAGGGUUCUUCAUGGUUUCUGAAAUCUUCACC